UUUCUUGGGCACGAGGAAAACCUUUGCCUGUGGGACACCAACAAGCUUUCAGCUGGUGCAAGGCGAAUCCUUUUCACGCAAUUCAUUGCAAGGGCGGUCGCGCGAAUGGGCGCUCGGCCUGGGUACCGCCAUCGCCUGUUCGAGAACACCGGACUGGCGAUGACGGCAGACUGGUCGUUGGACGACCGCAUCACUCCGGAGGGUGUAGUUGGGGCGUACAACUUCAUGGACGGGGGCACGAGCAGUGACGAGGAGAUGCCCGACCAGGAUGAUGAGGUCGGCGACGACGAUGGGGGGGCGGGCGGUGGCGAAUCAAGCUGCGACAGCGACGCAAGCGCAGAUGAUUAUGGUGAUGAUCACGGCGAAGUGCAAGACCCCCUGUCACAGCUAGACAGCGAUGAUGACGUCGAAUCCGACGAUGACAUCAUCGCGAUGGAGCUUCCGGUCGGAUUCGGUCUUCAAGAGUCUCCUCCAAGCUGGAUUUCGCAAGGAUUAAGCGUUGCGUGUUCUUGACGCGUGGUAUGGGGUGGUUCUUGAGGCGGAUCAGCCGGGCAGCGCCCCCGCAAACUAGCCACACCUACGACUACAUCGUGGUUUUGGCGUACGAUCGAAGCACCAUCAGUGUGAAGAUGCCUCUAGAUGCAUAUGACGUAGACGAGGCGAAUGCAGCCGUAGGAGCGUGGGCGUUGAUCGAGCCGAUCGACGAUUCGAAUGAGCCGGCGGGGGUGUGUGAGGGUGAACAGCCACGGCGGCAGGGAAGUAGGGCACGAACCCCCAACGUUCGCAACAUUGACCAACCGGGAUAGAGCAUGCCAAGUUGUGACAACUUUACCAAUCGAUUUCGAAGGGCGUUAGGGAUAUACGGAGUAUUUUGUCCGCACGCACAUUUGCACAAUGACUUUGCGCUUCUUUUUUUUCAGUUCAGUAUCGCCGGGUGUCGUGCAAGCAUGUACCCCGCGGGUAUUGCAAAGCUUCGUGGCUGGAAAAGGAAAUAGUAAUGGUAAGAAAUCGUGCAAUUUGCAUGGUGGCGAAAAGAUAGGAAAUGGCGAAAAUAAGAAAUCGUGCAAUUCUCUUCGGGGAAAAAUAGGAAAUGCCGACAUAAGGAAUUCAGCCCACUAUGGCUGCGGCAAUAAGAAUUGAGCCUCAGCUGACACAGGUGUUUCUUACGAGUGGGCC